AUGGAUUCCAGUGAAUUUUCAGGAUCUUUGGACCCCCUGUCCUUGCCUGACAAACCACUUAUUGGCGAUCUCCCUGCUGACAUGGAGUUUGGGGAAGAUCUCCUGGGCUCCCAAACAGCUUCUACCCAGGAAGUUUCAGUUCUUCAGCCUCCUGACUGGGAUCAAUCCAAGCAGAUGACUGCAGAUGGGGACUUGGACCUUCUAGUGAAAGCAGACAACCUGUCUGAACUAAACAAAUCAAACGACCUUGUUCUAGAUAAACCUAGUGUCUUGGAUAUGCUGGAGAAACCUGAGGUCUUAGAUGACUUGAAUAAGACUGCUGACUUGAUGGAGCUAGAUAAAUCGGAGGGUCUGGAUGGGCUGUAUAAGGCACAUCCUUCCCAAGGUGUGGAGGAUGGACUGGUGGACUCCUCUGCCCUCUCUAGAGAAGCCCUUGUUCCAGAAACAUGGCAAGAAGGGGAAGAUGCACCAAAAAAUUAUUCUGGCGACCUAAAGGAAGAUGAUGCUGCUGCUAUUCCUGCACUGUCUGAUGACAACGCCCCUCAGUCACCCCAACAGCUCCUUCCUGAUUCCAGGGACCUCAGCAGUGCCCCAGCCUCGGAAGAAAUCACAGCACAAUCCUCAAGUCUGCCGGUGGUGCCCUCACAACUCAGUCUUAAACAGACAAAGAAGACAAGGUUGAAGGCACCAAGGAAAAGCUCACCCAUGCAGAGGGAAGGGCUAGCAGGGGAAGCAGAGGUGGAACUGAGCCCAGACAGCAGUACUGCAGCUUUGCCCCCUGAGCCCAGGGAGCAAAACCAGGCAAAGGAAGGGGAUGAUAGCAGGAACAAUUCACUUAAAGACAGUAGUGUACUGAAAGCACAGGAAGCCUCACCACCAGCAGGAGAAGGCCUGUCUGGGAAGGGAAGCGAGCUGCCAACUGAGAAGGAGCAGAAAAGAAGUGAACGAGCCAGAAGAUCAGAAACUGCCAGGCCUGAAACUGUGAACUCCUCUGAGAGCAUUCCAGUCUCUGAUGAAGACUCUGAUGCAAUGGUGGAUGAUCCCAAUGAUGAGGAUUUUGUUCCUUUUCGUACCCGGCGCUCAACUCGCAUGUCUUUACGCACUCAGAUGGCACAGCGGGCUGCCCGCUCUGCUGUCACCAAGAUGACUUGUGCCAACUGCCGAACCCCACUGCAGAAGGGCCAAACUGCCUACCAGCGUAAAGGGCUCCCUCAGCUCUUCUGCUCCAGCUCCUGUCUCACCACCUUCUCAAAAAAACCACCUGGCAAGAAGAUAUGCACCUUCUGUAAAAAGGAGAUCUGGAACACCAAGGACUCUGUGGUUGCCCAGAUUGGUUCAGGCGGCUCUUUCCAUGAGUUCUGUACCUCUGUCUGCCUCUCCCUCUAUGAGGCCCAGCAGCACAGACCAGCCCCUCAGUUUGCAGAUGCCUCUGACACCAGCCGCUGCAGCGUCUGCCACAAACCUGGCGAGGGAAACAAAUGCCUUAUCCAGCAUGAGGUCAGCAAUGGGAGCGUGGUUCACCGCAUCUGUAGCGAUGCCUGCUUCACCAAGUUCCGGGCCACCAAGGGGCUGAAAACUAACUGCUGUGACUACUGUGGACUUUACAUCUACAACAAGGGCUUGCCGCUGGAGUACCUCUUUCAUGAAGGCCAGCAAAAACGCUUCUGCAACUCUGCCUGUCUUAACAGUUACAAGAAGAAGAACACUCGAGUCUACCCGUGCAUGUGGUGCAAGACGCUGUGCAAGAACUUCGACAUGCUGCCCAACGUGGAUCGCAGUGGCAAAAUGGGGCUGUUCUGCUCCAUUUGCUGCACUACCUCCCACAAAGUGAAGCAGUCAGGCUUGGUUGGUCCCCCUAGACCCUGCAGCUUCUGCAGAAAGAGUUUAUCUGAACCCUGCUAUUACAACAAGACAGACCGGGUUGUCUACCAGUUCUGCAGCCCCAGCUGCUGGACCAAAUUCCAGCGCACUAGCCCGGAAGGUGGGAUCCACCUCAACUGCCAUUACUGCCACAAUCUUUUCAGUGGGAAGCCGGAGAUCCUAGACUGGCAGGACAAGGUGUAUCAGUUCUGCUGCAAGGACUGCUGCGAGGACUUCAAGCGGCUGCGUGGGGUGGUGUCUCAGUGUGAGCACUGCAAGCAGGAGAAGCUGCUGCACGAGAAGAUCCGCUUCUCUGGAGUGGAGAAGAACUUCUGCAGCGAAGGGUGUGUGCUUCUUUACAAACAGGAUUUCACCAAGAACCUGGGCCUGUGCUGCAUCACCUGCACCUACUGUUCUCAGACCUGCCAGCGGGCGGUCACCGAGCAGCUGGAGGGCAGCACCUGGGACUUCUGUAGUGAAGACUGCAAAAGCAAAUACUUGCUCUGGUACUUCAAGGCAGCUCGGUGCCAUGCCUGCAAGCGUCAGGGGAAGCUGCUGGAACCCAUCCACUGGCGGGGGCAAAUCAAACACUUCUGCAACCAGCAGUGUCUGCUGCGAUUUUACAAUCAACAGAACCAGCCCAACCUGGACACGCAGAAGGGGCCCGAGAGCCAACUGAACAGUCAGACUUCAGAGCCAAAACCACCUGCCCCUUCCCCACAGAAGGCAGAGACUAACAUGCUGUCAGCAAAGACCUCCUCAGCCCAGAUAUCUCCAGCCGUGCCACCUCCCGCACCCCCUCCAGUUCCAGCCACCCCUCGGAAAAACAAAGCUGCCAUGUGUAAACCUCUGAUGCAGAACCGAGGCAUUUCCUGCAAGAUAGAAAUGAAGUCCAAAGGAUGUCAGACAGACGCUGACUGGAAGCCCCAGGUGAUUGUGUUGCCAAUCCCCGUCCCGAUCUUUGUGCCUGUGCCUAUGCAUAUGUACUGCCAGAAAGUACCUGUGCCUUUCUCCAUGCCUGUCCCGGUGCCUGUGCCAAUGUUCCUGCCUACCACACUGGAAAGCACAGAUAAGAUUGUGGAGACCAUUGAGGAGCUGAAGGUGAAGAUCCCCUCCAAUCCCCUGGAGGCUGACAUCCUGGCCAUGGCCGAGAUGAUUGCAGAGGCUGAGGAACUGGACAAGGCCUCCUCAGACCUGUGCGACCUGGUGAGUAACCAGAGUGCAGAGGGUCUCCUGGAGGACUGUGAUCUGUUUGGACCAGCACGAGACGAUGUGUUGGCUAUGGCUGUCAAGAUGGCAAAUGUCCUCGAUGAGCCGGGCCAGGACCUGGAGGCUGACUUCCCUAAGAACCCUCUAGACAUCAACCCCAGUGUGGACUUCCUCUUUGACUGUGGGCUGGUGGGACCAGAUGAUGUGUCCACAGAGCAAGAUCUGCCUCGUGCUGUCCGAAAGGGGCAGAAGCGUCUGGUGCUCUCUGAAAGCUGUUCCCGGGACUCAAUGAGCAGCCAGCCCAGCUGCACGGUGCUGAACUACUCAUAUGGCGUGAAUGCCUGGAAGUCCUGGGUGCAAGCCAAGUAUGCAGGGGGAGAGACCAGCAAGGGAGAGGAGCUACGCUUUGGCCCCAAGCCCAUGAGGAUCAAGGAAGACAUCUUGGCCUGCACAGCAGCUGAGCUCAACUAUGGCCUGGCCCAGUUUGUCAAGGAAAUAACACGGCCCAAUGGGGAGCGCUACGAACCAGACAGCAUCUAUUACCUCUGCCUUGGCAUCCAGCAGUACCUGCUUGAGAACAAUCGUAUGGUGAAUAUAUUUACAGACCUUUACUACCUGACCUUUGUGCAGGAGCUGAACAAAUCCUUGAGCGGCUGGCAACCCACCAUCUUACCAAAUAACACAGUUUUCUCACGUGUCGAGGAGGAGCAUCUCUGGGAGUGCAAGCAACUGGGCGUUUACUCACCCUUCGUGCUCCUCAACACCCUCAUGUUCUUCAAUACCAAGUUCUUCGGGUUGCAGACAGCAGAGGAGCACAUGCAGCUUUCCUUCACCAACGUGGUGCGCCAGUCCCGCAAGUGCACCACGGCCCGUGGCCUGGCAAAGGUGGUGAGCAUCCGCUACUACGCUCCUGCCAAGCAGAAGAAAGGCCGAGAUGGCAGCUCUGGAAAGCGGAAGCGCGAGGAGGAGGUACCAAUGCUGGAGCAGCGGGAGAACAGGAUGAACCCACUCCGAUGCCCAGUCAAGUUCUAUGAGUUUUAUCUCUCCAAAUGUCGGCUCAGCGGCCUGGAGGAUGACAUGGACUAA